AUGAAGCCGGAGAGCUUCCCCGAGGAGAAUGGCUUCGGGGAGGGAAGGGCCGCCGGCCAGGGCGACCUCACACCCGAGAGCUGCCAGAAGAAACGCCGCUGGAUUCCGGAAAACUUCUGGGAGGACGUGAGGCAGCUGCUGGUGCUGGCGGGGCCGCUGAUCCUGAUCCAGCUGCUGAUCUUCCUGAUCCACCUCGUCAGCUCCAUAUUCUGUGGCCACCUGGGCAAGGUUGAGCUGGCCUCUGUCACGCUGGCCAUCGCUGUUAUAAAUGUCACUGCCAUCUCUGUAGGUUAUGGCUUGACUUCAGCGUGUGACACCUUGAUAUCACAGACCUACGGCAGCAAGAACCUGCUGCGUGUGGGGGUGAUCCUGCAGCGUGCCACCAUCAUCAUCCUCCUCUGCUGCUUCCCCUGCUGCGCCGUCCUCAUCAACGUCGAGCCGCUGAUGCUGCUCAUGCAUCAGGAUCCCGAUGUCUCCAGGCUGACCCAGCACUACGUGAAUGCAUUUCUCCCUGCCCUCCCGGUGAUUUUUUUGUAUAACCUGGAGACAAGAUAUCUGCAGAACCAGAUGAUCAUGUGGCCCUUGGUGCUGAGUGGGGUCAUCGGCAACCUCACCAACGUGGCUGCAAACUACGUCCUCCUCUUCGUGUUCCACCUGGGCGUCAUGGGCUCUGCCUGGGCCAACACCAUCGCUCAGUAUUCGCAAGCCAUUUUCUUGUUCCUGUACAUCAUAGGCAGGAAGCUCCAUGUGAACACCUGGGGAGGCUGGUCCAGCGAGUGCCUGCUGGAGUGGGACAGCUUCACCUCCCUGGCCAUCCCCAGCAUGCUCAUGAUGUGCAUCGAGUGGUGGACCUACGAGAUUGGGAGCUUCUUGAUAGGCCUGCUGAGCGUUGUGGAGCUCUCUGUCCAGUCCAUCAUCUAUGAGGUGUCUGUUGUGGCUUUCAUGAUCCCCCUGGGGCUGGGCACAGCUGCCAGCGUGCAGGUGGGCAACGCGCUGGGUGCUGGCAACGUCGAGAUGGCCAAGAGAUCCUCCCACACCAGCCUGAUCUGCACAGGGGUGUUCUCUGUAAUUGUGGGGUCCAUUUUAGCUGCUGCAAGGAAUGUGCUGGGAUAUGUCUUCACCACAGACAAGGAAAUCAUUGACUUGGUGGCGUGGAUCAUGCCUGUCUACGUUGUCUUCCACUUGUUUGAAGCCAUGACUGGUGCCUGCAGCGGGGUGCUCAGAGGCAUUGGGAAGCAGAAAUUUGGUGCCAUCCUCAACGCUGUGACUUACUACGGUGUGGGCAUGCCCCUGGCAGCUGUGCUGCUCUUCGUGGCCAGGAUCGGCGUCAUGGGCCUGUGGAUCGGGAUGCUCGUCUGCGUCUUCAUGCUCUGCACCAGCUUCCUCACCUACAUCUCCCGUGUGGACUGGGAGAAGGCAGCCAAGAAGGCUCAGCGCCGCGCAGGAGUGACCCCACAGGAGCUGCCAAGCCUGGGCCCCGAAGGCUCCUACAAGGACCUGGAUAUGGCACCAGCCCCCCAGCCCCACACCUUCCUCCCUGCCAGGGCCGUGCUGGGGUCUGUCGCGGGAUUAGAAUCACAGAGCGACGUUGUGCUGACGAGCAUCACCAGGACAGAGGGACCCACGUACCAGCUGGAGCUGAGGGAGGCCACCUCCUCCCCGGGCACCCGUGCGGCGGUCACCAAGCAGCUGCUCCUCCGCCGUGGGCUGGCCGUGGCCGCGGCCAUCGCCGCGCUGGCCCUCGGCAUCGCCGUGAAGCUGAUUGUCAGCACAGACUGA